CCUGUCGGGGAGGAAGUCCUGGUGGCCACAGGCUACAGAUGCAGCAAUACUGAGUGUGGCACGCCGCAUGGGAGCUGGCUGGGCCUGACCUCCUUGCCUGGGGGAUGCCUGCUGUGAGCCGUCGCCAUGGCUCCUGAGCCACAUGGCCUCCCUGGGUCCCAGGACUUCAGCCCCCCGUAGGCUUUCGAGCCAGAGAGCCAUGUGCUGGGUCAGCACCAUCAGCUUCAUGGCGGCUGAAGAAAUGCACUGGCCAGUCCCCAUGAAGGCCAUCGGUGCCCAGAACCUGCUGACCAUGCCCGGGGGUGUGGCCAAGGCUGGCUACCUGCACAAGAAGGGGGGUACCCAGCUGCAGCUGCUCAAAUGGCCACUGCGCUUCGUCAUCAUCCACAAGCGCUGCAUCUACUACUUUAAGAGCAGCACAUCCGCGUCCCCGCAGGGCGCCUUCUCCCUCAACGGAUACAACCGGGUGAUGCGGGCAGCCGAGGAGACAACAUCCAACAACGUCUUCCCCUUCAAGAUCAUCCACAUCAGCAAGAAGCACCGCACAUGGUUUUUCUCUGCCUCCUCAGAGGAUGAGCGCAAGAGCUGGAUGGCCUUGCUGCGCCGGGAGAUCGGCCACUUCCACGAGAAGAGGGAGCUGCCUCUGGACACCAGCGACUCCGGCUCAGAUGCAGACAGUUUCUAUGGUGCAGUGGAGCGGCCUGUGGACAUCAGCCUCUCCCCGUACCCCACAGACAACGAAGACUAUGAGCAUGAGGACGAGGAUGACUCCUACUUGGAGCCCGACUCCCCUGAGCCUGUGAAGCUGGAUGACUCCCUGACUCACCCGCCAGCCUACCCGCCACCUCCAGUGCCCAUGGCCCGGAAGCCCGCCUUCUCCGACCUGCCCCGAGCUCACUCCUUCAACUCCAAGGGCCCAGGCCCACUGCUGCCGCCCCCACCCCCAAAGCGUGGCCUCGCUGACACCAGUGCAGCCACUGACGACACCAAGAGGGACCUGUUGGGCCUGAGGUGGGCCGAGGCUGGCCUCAGGGUACCCACCACUUCCCGGAGGAUGAGCGACCCCCCACUCACCAGCCUGCCUGCUGGGCCCAGCCUGUGGAAACCCCCAUGCUUCCGAGAGGGCACCAGCCCCAGCCCUGAGCCAUGGACACCUGGCCAGGGGGCCAGCACUACCUCCAGCUGUGCCAGCACAGCCUCUACCACCUCCAGGAACUGUGACAAGCUCAAAUCCUUACACCUGUCCCCUCGGGGGCCUCCCACAUCCGAGCCCCCGCCUGUGCCAGCCAAUAAGCCCAAGUUCCCGAAGAUAGCAGAAGAGGCCCCCAAGCGGGAGGCGGCCAAGCCUGGACUCUUCGUGCCCCCUGUGGCACCCAGGCCUCCUGCGCUGAAGCUGCCCUGCCCUGACACUGCUUCUCGGCCUGCAGUGCUGCCCCAGCAGGAGAAGCCUUCUCUACCCCACCUCCAGCGGUCGCCCCCUGAUGGGCAGAGUUUCAGGAGCUUCUCCUUUGAAAAGGCCCGGCAACCCUCACAGGCCGACUCCAGCAAGGAGGACUCAGACGAGGACUAUGAGAAGGUGCCCCUGCCCAGCUCGGUUUUCGUCAACACCACGGAAUCCUGUGAGGUGGAGAGGCUGUUCAAAGCUGCCGCCCCUCAGGGGGAGCCCCAGGAUGGGCUGUACUGCAUCCGGAACUCUUCCACCAAGUUGGGCAAGGUGCUGGUUGUGUGGGACAGGUCCUCCAACAAAGUGCGGAACUACCGCAUCUUUGAAAAGGACUCUAAGUUCUAUCUGGAAGGUGAAGUCCUGUUCACCAGUGUGGGCAGCAUGGUGGAGCACUACCACACGCACGUGCUGCCCAGCCACCAGAGCCUGCUGCUUCGGCACCCAUACGGCUACCCUGGGCCCAGAUGACGCCAUAGUGCGAAGCAGCCACCGGACUACAGACCUAGCCGUGUCAACCGAGGCAGCCUGUGUGGGAGGAGGCACGGGGGGCUGUGCUUGACUGUGGACCCCCAGUGGAUACCUUGUGGAUCUUGGCCAGGGGCCACCCAGCAGGCCAGCUCCCAGCUGAUCCCAGCUGUAGCUCUGGAGGACUGAUCAGCUCUCUAGCUGCAGCUGGUCCCUGCUGUUGCACUUGGGGCUCCAGGACAGAGCCUGACUUCACCUUCAGGACAGGAUGUGUGCUGUGCUGCAGCAUCCUGGGAGCCAGACAGGGCUAAGGCAGUCGGCAGGGCUGGACAGGCCCUAGGAUCCCAGGACACGAGACCCAUACUCUAGGUGGGAUCCAUGCUCCCAAUAAAUCCAAGGUGACCUUUGC